UUCUUCCACGACGUUCUUCCUCUGGAAGCAUUGGUACGAGAAGGGUCAUCCAGGGAAGUGCAAGGACAUCAUCUUCGGUUGUUAUGAAUGCAGCCCUGAAGUUUGCAGUGAGGGAAAACUUUAUACACUACGUUUCGGACAUGGAGCCGAAGUAA